AUCUUCCUCCUCGGAGAAGGAGCGUUUCCGGAGGGGGAAGGGAGGUUGCGGCCGUCGGGCUAGGCUUCGCGAUGGGGAAGAAGCACAAAAAGCAUAAAGCAGACAAGGCGGAGUGGCGGUCGGCUUCUACCACCGCCUACAGCGAUUAUGUAGACAAACCUUUGGAAAAACCUUUGAAGCUGGUUCUUAAAGUUGGAGGAAGUGAAGUAACUGAACUUUCUGGAUCAGGACAUGAUUCUAGUUAUUACGAUGACAGAUCAGAUCAUGAGCGAGAGCGGCAUAAAGAGAAGAAGAAAAAAAAGAAAAAGAAGUCUGAGAAGGAGAAAGAAAAGCACCUUGAUGAUGAGGAAAGAAGAAAGAGGAAAGAAGAGAAAAAGAGGAAAAGGGAAAAAGAGCAGUGUGACACUGAAGGAGAAACUGAUGACUUUGAUCCUGGGAAAAAAGUGGAGGUUGAGCCUCCUCCAGAUCGUCCUGUCAGAGCAUGCAGAACUCAGCCAGCUGAAAAUGAGAGCACACCAAUCCAGCGAUUACUAGAACACUUCCUUCGUCAGCUCCAAAGGAAAGAUCCUCAUGGGUUUUUUGCUUUUCCAGUCACGGAUGCCAUCGCUCCAGGAUAUUCCAUGAUAAUAAAACACCCCAUGGAUUUUGGAACUAUGAAGGAAAAAAUUGCAGCAAACGAAUACAAAUCAGUCACUGAAUUCAAGGCAGAUUUUAAACUCAUGUGUGAUAAUGCAAUGACUUACAACAGACCAGAUACUGUUUACUACAAGCUAGCCAAGAAGAUACUGCACACAGGCUUUAAGAUGAUGAGCAAAGAACGGCUGUUAGCUUUGAAGCGCAGCAUGUCGUUUAUGCAGGACAUGGAUUUUUCUCAGCAGGCAGCUCUUUUGGGUGAUGAAGACACAGUGGUUGAGGAGCCUGUUCCUGAAGUUAUGCCUGUACAAGUAGAGACUACCAAGAAAUCCAAAAAGCAAAAUAAAGAAGUUAUUAGUUGCAUAUUUGAACCUGAAGGAAAUGCUUGCAGCCUGACAGAUAGCACUGCUGAAGAACAUGUCCUGGCACUAGUGGAACAUGCAGCAGAUGAAGCUCGGGAUAGGAUCAAUCGAUAUCUACCCAACAGCAAGAUCGGUUAUCUGAAAAAAAAUGGAGAUGGAACUUUAUUGUUCAGUGUAGUAAAUUCAUCUGAUCCAGAAGCAGAAGAGGAAGAGACUCAUCCAGUAGAUCUGAGUUCACUGUCAAGCAAAUUUUUACCCGGCUUCACUACACUGGGCUUUAAAGAUGAACGAAGGAACAAAGUAACCUUUCUUACAAGUGCCAGUACAGCCCUUUCCAUGCACAACAACUCUAUUUUUCAUGAUUUGAAAUCAGAAGAAGUGGAACUCCUAUACUCAGCAUAUGGUGAUGAAACUGGGAUACAGUGUGCCUUAAGCUUACAGGAAUUUGUGAAGGAUGCUGGACACUACAGCAAGAAAAUAGUAGAUGAUCUUUUGGACCAGAUCACAAGUGGAGAUCAUUCCAAAACUGUAUAUCAGCUAAAGCAGAGACGAAACAUCCCAGUAAAGCCACUGGAUGAAGUUAAAGCUCUACCAGUUCUCAUAAAAGAAGAACACAAGCUACGUAACACCUGUCCUGAUUCUUCCAAACAGAUCAUGGUUGGAGAAUCUGCUGGAGACAGUAACGCUUCUGAAUUGGACUUUCUGUCUAUGAAGUCGUAUUCAGAUGUAUCUCUUGAUAUUUCAAUGUUAAGUUCAUUAGGGAAAGUGAAGAAGGAACUAGAUCAUGAUGACAACCAUUUACAUCUGGAUGAAACAGCUAAGCUUCUGCAGGACCUUCAUGAGGCUCAAGCUGACAGAGUGGGAUCCCGACCGUCAUCCAAUUUGAGUUCCCUCUCCAAUACUUCUGAAAGAGAUCAGCAUCAUCUUGGAAGCCCUUCUCAUCUGAGUGUUGGAGAACAGCAAGACAUAGUUCAUGAUCCCUAUGAAUUUCUUCAGUCCCCAGAAACCUCAAAUGCUACUACUAACUAAUUUGAACUUCUAUAUAUAUUUUGUAUUUUAAGUGUACGGUUGUUAUAUAAAUUUUUGUACUUGGCAGAAGCCUCAGUUUGUCCUACUUUGUAUGAGGAUUCCAGCAUAACGUUGUAUAAUAUAUCGGUCAAAAAAGCCAAGCCCAAAAAUGGAAGGGUACUCUGGUGCAUCAUGAUGUCUGCUUUUGCUUUGUAUGUUAGAGUGUGUCUUGUCUACUGGUGUAUGAAUCUUGACUGAAAAACAAGUGCUGUGUUAGAGAGUUUCUGUUCUGUAAGAAGUGAUCAUUGUUCCACCAUCAUGGCAGCGAUCUUGAAACGUUUCCUGUAGAAUUAUGUUCCAGUUUCUCUUUUGGUCUUAACUUGGGCAUCCUCAAGGAGGAAUAUCUUGCUUCCCCAGUGACAGAACUGAAUGAACUGAAAGAACUGGGGUCGUUUUUUUAUUUUCCAUCUUGUACCCUCUAAUCUGUACAAAUGGUUUGUGUUUCCCUCUCUUUGUAAAUCUUUCAUUUUAUCACCCUAGAGAAUAUUUAAUAUGAGAAGAGCAGUACGUGUAGUUGCUUUAAAAUGUUUAAUUCUGCCUUGGAUCUAAAAAAGGUGGAUGUUUUUAUGAUCCCUUUUGUCUUGAAAAAGGAAGAGAUUACAAUACUUCUAAUUUCAGUAUUUAUAUUUGCUCGGAUGAAAAGAAUUCUGCAUGCAGCUUGCUUUUUGGUAAUUCUAAGGUAAAAUCUUUGGAAUUCAGUAUUCUUGGGGGGUGUACCACUGGUAUGUGCAAGCUGGACGUGUUAUAAAUUCACCAUGUUUUGUAAAUUUGUAAAAAUAAAGAGCGAGGAAGAGGAAGCAGAGCUCUCAUCCACAUUGCCUAUACGGUCUUGCCUAUACGGCCUUUACUCUCUAUCUGUCUUUGCCAAUUAUUUUACAAACAUUCUUGCUUAUAAAAGUUCUGACAUCUCUUGUUCUCUCAGAACAGAUUUCUGCUGCAAACCCUUCUCAUGCUGUGCCAGUACAUCUUUUAUGGUGUCUUCCUUUAGUAGUGAACAGGUAACACUAAGAUUUUUAUGAGGUACUCACUUGAUUUAUCUGUCUUGCCUAACUAAGCCUUCUUUCAGAUGAAGAUCUUGUUUCCACAGUUCAUCCUGCGGCCAAAGUUCUGGAAACAGAACUGAGUGGUUAAGAGGGCUGUUUUUCUGUUAAAAAUCAAAAUGUCUGAAGCUCUUCACAUUGGACUAGAAAAGUUAGAAUAACAAAGACUAGAAUGUGCAGAAGAACUGGUGGAGGCUAAGACCAAAUAUACUCAUCAAAGGAGUUAAUAGGCUGAUUGAUUUCUGUGAAUAUAGUAAAUGUGUUUCAAAACACAAAUGUGUAAUUCUGUGAAGGAGGAAUUUUAAUCAUUUUUCUUCUGACUGGAGAUUUAAUAGGAAACAACUUACAUUAAAUUUGUGGAAGGUCAAAUGAAAUGCAGAUGUUAGGUUUUAAGUGGCAGUGGAUGUUCAGGUUAGUGAGGUAAAGGUUUAGGAUUCCCUUCCCCCACAACACCCUUCCUGAAGAAAUCCUAGACGUUUACUGUAAUACUUGAAGAAUUGGAUUUCAGGAUUGUUUAAUGAAAAAAUGUUACAGAAAGAAUUGAGAAUGUAAAUUCACCUAACAGCAUCUUUUGAAGCCAAGAGGACCACACUUUACAAAUGGAUUGUUUCUAUCGCAUUUUCAUAUUUUAAUACCACUUUAUAAUUAAUGCUUGAUUAGCCAUAACCUCUGGGAAGAAUAUUUAAAAAACAAACAAAACAGUUAAGCUCCCUCUUCAGGUACAGAUUAUAAAGUGAAGGGCUUCCUCUUCAGUCUCUCAAUUACUGAAUAUUUUUAUUGAGAGGUUACAGUGUUGCUAGUAUUUUCAUAUAUAUGUAAGAGAAGUUUUUUUAAUUAUUAUUUUUUUGUUUUUAAAUUCUCUUGUUACAUGCUGUAUUGGGAAAAAAUUCUUAAAUGGCAUCACAGAAUGACUGAGGUUGCAAAGGGGCUCUGGAGGUUCUCUGGUCUCACCCUCUUCUUCGACCCUAAAGGCACUUUCCUAGGACUGCAUCCAGACACCUUUUGGAGAUCUCUACAUCUAGGCUGCCUGUGCCAAUGCUUCAUCACCCUCACAAGUAUUUCUUGAUGCUUAGAUGAAACUGAACUAUGCUUAUGUGCCCACUGUCUCUUCUGGCUCUGGGCACCACUGAGAGGAGCCUGGUUCUGUCUUCUUUGCACCCUGCCUUCAGGUAUUUGUGGGAAUUGUUGAGAUGCCUCCCUCAGCUUCCUCUUCAAGCUGAAUAGUUCCAGCUAUCUUUGCCUUACCUCAUACGAGAUCAGUCACCUUUCUGCCCUUUCUUUGUACCCUCCAGUAUGAUUGUAUCUUGUAUUAGGAGCCCACAAUACUCUGCAUGUGAUUUCAUCAGGGCCAAGUAGAGGGGAAGGAUCCCUUCCCUUGGGCUGCUGGCAGUACUUUACCAAGUGCAGUCAAGGAUAUCCUUGCAGCCUUCUUUUCAGCAAGGGUGCUUUGCCAACUCAUGUUCACUUCAGCAUCCAUCAUGAUAUCCAGUUCCUUUCCUUCCAACUUGUUUUCCAGCUUAUUGGCCCCCAGCAUAUAUCAGCGCCUGGUGUUGUUCCUCCUCUCAUGUAACUUCUCAUUUAAGUGUGUGAGGUCCUUGCCAGCCCGUUUUUUCGGCGUAUCAAAGGUUCCCUGGAUGGUAGUGCAAAUCCCUGUUGUGCUAGACAUUACAUUCCUACCAAUUUUGUGCUAUUUGUGAACUUUCUGGGCAUACACUCUGCUUCAUCAUCCAGAUCAUUAGUGAAUAUCAUUACUGGACUCAGUAUCAGUGCCCCUGGGAUAUGCAUCUAGUUACUGACCUCCAGUUAACAUUCACAAAUGAUCUCAUUUUUAUAAAAUCUACACAGUUUGCAAGAGAUAGUAACUCAAUUUCUAUUCUCUUUAAUCUGUAAAAAAUGACUCUAAAUUGAGUGCAAAGGCCAAAUAAAUAACGUGGAGACAACAGCUGUAUCUGAACUGUGCAAGUGGGACUCAGUAUUUUCUAUGUAAGUCAAAAAGAUGAUUCUGCAGUGUGAGUUGCGCAGUCUGAGUGGACAGCUUAUUAAACAGCAACCUGAUGUGCUCCAUAACCAGUGCAGAAUUGUAUGUAAUAACAUCACUAGGAACAGCACUGUUAUUUUUUUUUUUACAGCAAUGAUACUACAUGAAUUAACACCCCUCAGAGACAAAAACUUCUCCACUAUGUAAAUCCUGGAUAUUUUUUGCAUCCAGGUCUUCAAUGGCUUUAAAGUGAUGGGCUUUGGCCGUCGCUUUAAAUACUGUUUCAGGAUUUUAUAUGUUAAAUGUUGUUAAGGGGGCAUAAAAUUUUGAGGGUUGCAUAGAUCUCUUUUUCCUUUGCUCUCAAAAACUGCUGACAGGAUCUUGCCUCUGAAUUUGUAUCUGCACUGUUACAAAUGGUUUUGCUACUGUGUGUUUAAGCUCUUCAUACCUUUUCCACCCACUUUCUCAUGUGUCUUUGAAUACAAUGUGCUUAACAUACUCACCUUUUUAACCAGUUUCUCUUCAGCCUUCAAAACACAGCCAUGGCGUAAAAGAAAAGGUCAGAGUUCCAGGAUCCAACUUUCCUUUCCCUGAAAGCUGAAAGGUAAAAGUUGCCUCUUUGUCAGGGAGAAAUUUUUUGAAGCACUUUCACAGCCGCAGGAUAAAACCUUGUAUUUGGGCCUAGAUUCAGAGUUGACACUGACAUAUCCUUGUGAGCAGGUUGUCAGAAUAACUACUCUCCCAAUCAUAUAUUGUCCUGUCAGUGGGCACUACUGAAAAGUAUGCUUCCUUUGUCAUUCAAUAGGUAUUUAGACACAUUUUCUGAGACCACUCCCCAACCCUGAGACUUCUCUCCGCUCCAGUUAUGGUUGUCUCAGCCUCUCCUCCGUCAUCACUGUCAUUUUGUGCUGAAAUCACCUCACUCUGUCUUUAUCUCUCCUGUAGGGAGGAGCACAGAACAGUACUUCAAGUGCAGCCUCACCUCACUCUACUCAAGUGAGUAGAGAGGAAGGAUGUCGUUUAUUGAUCUGCUGACAAUGCACCCCAGAAAAAUAAUGGCCACUUCUGAUGCAGAGGUGCAUCUUGUGGCUAGCUUGAUGUCAACCAGGAUGCCAAGAGCUCAGGAUAUCAAAAAAGUGAAACUGCAGGAUUCCUAUCUUUAAAAAAAAAUCAAUCCUGUUGAUUAUUUUUGAUUGGUUGUAGAAAUCACCUGCCUGUGGGAUAAUUGCAGUCACCAAACUACGUAGCAAGGAUUUAAACACUAGGAAACACCAGGAAAUUUAGAUUACUUGCUCACCUUUUAAAUUACAGGUUAAGAGUGGAGAACAUUAAUUACACAGAAUUUCAGUAUUAAAAUAUUUGCUAAGUUUUCCUUAGGAAAAAGAAAACACAUUGAGGAACAAAAAUAAAUCUAUGAUUCUUUGAAACCAACUUCACUCGUAUGGUGCAAGCGUUCCCCACACAGACACUUAAAGCAAGAUAAAUAAGCUGGUGCUGGUGUUUUGCAUUGCUUUUCAAGCCCGUAAAAAGGACUAGUGAUGAUAGUUGGAUUAUAGUAAAUAAUCUGUUGUUCCUCAACUAAAUCAAUCUUUCACUGGUUUGUACAUUAAAACUUUUAUCAAAAGAGAUUCAGAAUAGUAGGGGCUUAAGUAAUUGUGCAGCCUGACUUUUAGGGAACUCUUAAAUUGUGAAAUGUUUUCUUAUGUCCUAGAAUAAUCUAUAUUUCAUAAGACAGUGGUAACAUGCAGUAGGUGAGGAUAUAGAGAAAGAGUCCUGGGAAUGGCACAAGAGAUCCUGAAAUCAUAGCAGUUGUCAAUCCUAUGUAAUUAGAUGCAUAGUUAGAUGUCCUGAAGCUACUGUUCAAAACUGCAGAAUGCAGAACACACAUUACAGAAUCAUAGAAUUGCAGAAUCAUUAAGGUUGGAAAAGACCACUAAGAUCAUCUUGUCCAAUUGUUACCCCAGCCCACUAAAUAGUGUCCCUAAGUGCCCUAUCUGCUCUUGAAAACCUCCAGGGUUGGUGACUCUACCACUUCCCUGGGCAGCCUGUUACAAUACCUCACCAAUCUUUCUAAGAAAAAAUUUCUCUUAGUAUCCAACCUGAACCUCCCCUGGCGUUAUCAUCGGUUACCUGGGAAAAGAGGCUUACCCCCAGUCACUACAAGCUCUUUCCAGGCAGUUGUAGAGAGUGAUACCAUCUCACCUGAGCCUCUUGUUCUCCAGACUAAACAGACUAAACUGUUCCCUCAGCUGCUCCUCGUAGGACUUGUGUCCCAGACACAUUGCCAGCUUCAUUGUCUUUCUUUGCAUACGCUCCAAGGCCUCAAUGUCUUUCUUGUAGUGAGGGGCCCAGAGCUGAGCACAGCACUUGAGGUGUGGACUCACAGUGCCAAGUACUGGGAGAUGAUCACCUCCCUGGUGCUGCUGACUACACUGUUACAAGCCAGGAUGCCAUUGCCCUCCUUGCUCACCUGGCACAUGGCUGGCUCACAUUCAUCCAGCUGUCAGCUGGCACCCCCAGGUCCUUUGCACAGCUUUCCAGCCACUCUGCUCCAAGCUGGCAGUGAUGCACAGGUGCAUGAGGUUGUUGUGACUAAAGAGUAGGACUCAGCACUUGAUCUUGUCAAGCUCAUGCAGUUGGCCUCAGCCCACUGAUGCAGCCUAUCCACAUCCCUCUGUAGGGCCUUCCCACCCUCACGCAGAUUCCCAACUUCCUCCCGACUUGAUGUCAUCUGCAAACGUACUGCGGAUGGACUCAAUCCCCUCAGUUCAGGUAAUCUGUAAAGAUAUUAAGCAGAGCUGACCCCCAUUCUGACUCAUGGGUAACACCACCAGUGUUGCUGGCUGGAUUCAGCUCUAUUUGCCACCACGCUCUGGGCCCAGCAGCCAGGUUUUUACUUAGCAAAGAGUACACUUGUGCAAGCUUCUGCAGGAGAAUACUGUGGGAAACAGAGUCAAAGGCUUUACUAAAGUCUAGGUAGGCUGCAACUGCACACCCACAGACCUUCCCUCAUCCACUAGGUGGGAUCAUAACUCAGCAGUACUUGACUAUCAUUCCUACGUUUCAAUCCUUGCACAGACUCUUUUAAUUUUCUUUUUCUUUUUUGCUAUUCUAAUACCUUUUCUGGAUCACAGGUUUGUUGAGUGCUAACUGGUGAAGAUGGAAUAAGUUGUAAAAAUACGAGGUUUUUUUGUUUUUGUUUGUUUUUGUUUUUUUAUGAUGAUGAUGGUGAUGAUGACUGGUUUCUUGUAGCUGCUUUUAUGUAUGAAUGACAUAAAUCACUACCUCUGCUGCACGCAUGUUUUCCCACAAUUUGCCAUAGUUUUAAAGAAAACAGUUUGACUUUUCUGUUUUGGAGGUUGUUAGAAGUAUGUGUGUGUGUUUGGCAGUGUGGCAGUGUGUUCAGGCUGUCUGCUACUGGUGCACGAAUAAUGGCCAGUGUGUGUUCCUGGAAGUAACAAGUAUGAUCUGUUGCACUGUAACAGUGUUCACUGUUGGAAAGUCUUUGCAUGGACACACAGUCUUGCUUUGGUCAAUAAUCUCUAAGAGAAUAAUAACUGAAAAAUAUCUUUAAAGCUAAUGCUUUUUUUGGCUUAAUUUCUCAUACUCUGUAUGUAAAUGUAAAUUGAUUCCUGUAAUAUAUGUUAAUUAGUAAUUACAGCUGGUGAGGAAAUUUUUAGUGAAACUCUUGUUACUGUUGCAUUGCUCACCUUUGUCCUUGAAUAAAAUCCACUCUUUCAAGUUCUCAUCUGGAGUAAUGUGCUGGUGUGUUUGUUUUGCUUGCACUGUUUUUGUAAACUAUAGAAAAAUGAAAUAGCAUACAGUAUCUUAUUAUAUUCAUCUUGGGUUGCAAGCAGAACUUGUUCAAACACUGAAGUUCUGUAAAUGAGCCUUUAAGCUUCUGUGGUUUAUCUGCACAAAUGGCUGUGAAGUCGUCGUGUUACUACUGCUCCAGGAAGCACUUUGUGCCUAGGAAGGUUUGCCUGUUUGUUCAGCGUAUCUCACCCUUGGGCAGUGUCAGUUCUGUGCAGUAAUGUCAAGCUGCAGAUCCUACAGCUGAUGGACAGCCCUUUUCAUGAGCCUGCUAACUUCUUUCCUGAGAGGAGGGCGGAAUGGGACACAGUGCUCUUAACACAAAGCCCUCCCCAGAAGCAAUUUUUUUUCUUGUAUGCUACUUUGUCUUCCCAAAAUGGCAAAUGUUGACUUGAAUUCUGCUUUCUGGGUGUACUGACAGUGCUGAAUGCCUCAAGACAUCUUUUACAUGGCUUUGAGAAAUCUUUCCCCUACACUUUCUAGAUAGAUUGGACUCUGUGAUUGCAUCAUCUUCUCUCUUGUUUAUUUUUUUAAUAAACUAAACAUAUUUUUUUCUUAGAAGGAAAAGAUGCUCCAUGUAUUAAGAUAGAGUGACUAGUUUCUGUUCAGCUUUUUUUGUAAUAAUGCUUUUUUUUACUGAUUCCCAAGACCAAAAAUAAACCCUCUCUUCUAUUUC